AUGUACGUCAGUAGAGUCAGUAGAGUCAGUAGAGAAGAAGGAAGAGGAAUUUUAAAAUCAGGAAAAUUAGCAACAAUAACAACCGAAUCACCCGAAAAUACUACAGAUACAGCACCUUUAAUAUUUUCCAAUUAUCCACGUCCACGUUUAAGUCGAGUAUUUGAACCUCUUAUUUCAGAGUAUUCAUCAUUUUGGUUUGGUGGUGGACAUAAUAGUAUUUCAAUAGCAGCUGAACAAUUUACAAGAGAUAAUCCACCUCAAGAAUUAAUUCCACCAGUUGAUCAUAUAAUUCAUAUACAAAGUUUAGGAGGAGCUAAAGCGUGGACAUGGGAACCUGAAGACACAUUAAUUAGCCAACAAAUAAUAUCGAUUACUAAUGAAGGGAAAAAUGUAACAUUUAAUAAAAGAUCAGAUGCAAUGAUACAAACUAAUUAUCCAUUUUUUAUACCUAGAACUGAAAGUGAUAUUAUUUAUGAGGAACCAUUUGAACAACCUAAAACUAAGGAUGAAAGACACGGACAAAUGUUACAUUAUUUUGAAAUUACUGUAUUAAGUAAUCCUCAUCCUAAUAAUACUACAAUUGCUAUCGGAUUAGCUACUAAACCUUACCCAUCAUUUAGAUUACCAGGUUGGAAUAUGCAUUCAGUAGGUUAUCAUUCAACAAAUGGUAAAAAAUUUGAAGAUUCAACUGGUGGAAAUGAUUAUGGUCCUAAAUGGGGUGAACCAGAUGAUACUAUAGGAUGUGGAUACAAUCCAGAUGCAGGAUAUGUAUUUUAUACUAAAAAUGGACAGUUUUUAGGCAAUGCAUAUACUGGAAAAAGUCAUAUAUGGUUUCCUACGAUUGGGGCAACCGGUCAAUGUACCAUUCAAACUAAUUUUGGUGAUGAUACUGAAAAUGAUUUCAGUGCAAUAGGAUAUGGACCAGGUGGACCAUUACUUAUAAGAAGAACCGAAUCAGGAACAUCAACUGGUAGACGAUCAAGAAUUAGUAGAAGCAGUAGUAUGAAAAGUAUACAUAGUAUUAAUAAUAAUGAAUGA